UCAUUCCAUCACUCUAGGCCAAACGAGUCGAUCAAAAUGCACAGGCGCUCUCUGGUUGCCAGAUCGAUGCUUCAAAGAUAAAACGCCGAGUUUUGGGGAAUCUCCGAUUUGGUGUAGAAUUCGCGUACGUCAAAGUCAUAAUUCAGGACGCCACCACGGCAACCAUCCGAUGCGUUGACUGAGUUGACACCAGGCGCUGGAAUCCCAGUGAUUCGCGACGCAAAGAGGCAAAUUCAUACCCCUGUUUUCUGAUAUCGAAACUUCACUUUCUGAAGCUUUUGGUCGAUUACCCUUAAAAAGAGAAAAAAUGGUGAAAUGUUCUUUCGAUUUCCGAUACCUUCUCCUCGCUGCGGCGGUCGUGUUCAUCUACAUCCAGUCUUCCUCCCAAUCAGUAUCAGAUGUCACAUUGCGAACAGAUGCGGCUUUUUGCUACGCAAUCAGAAUAUGCUGAUCGGCUUGCUGCUGCAGUGGAAUCAGAAAACCAUUGCUUGAAUCAAUUGCGCAUACUAAUUGAUAAGAUAAGCAUGCAACAAGGGCGGAUUGUGGUCUUAGAAGAAGAACGGAAGCGCAAAGACCAGGAGUGUGGACAAUUGAGGUCUCUUAUUCAUGAUCUUGAGAGGAAAGGCCUUGAGAAGAUAAUUGACAAAGUAGAGGUGCCAGUGGCGGCAAUCGUGGUUAUGGCUUGCAAUCGUGCAGAUUAUCUUGAAAGGACAAUCAAAUCUAUCCUAAAAUACCAAACUUCUGUUGCCUCAAAGUAUCCCCUUUUUGUGUCCCAGGAUGGAGAAGAUCCAAAUGUAAGAAGUAAGGCUUUGAGUUACAAUCAGCUAACGUACAUUCAGCACUUGGAUUUUGAACCCAUCCAUGCUGAGAGGCCUGGGGAGUUGACUGCAUACUACAAGAUUGCACGUCAUUACAAAUGGGCACUGGACCAGUUGUUCUACAAUCAUAAUUUUACUCGUGUUAUCAUACUUGAAGAUGAUAUGGAAAUUGCACCUGAUUUCCUUGACUAUUUUGAGGCUGCAGCCAAACUACUUGAUAGUGAUAAGUCCAUUAUGGCUGUUUCUUCAUGGAAUGACAAUGGACAAAAGCAGUUUGUGCAUGAUCCUUAUGUGCUGUACCGAUCAGAUUUUUUCCCCGGACUUGGGUGGAUGCUCACUAAAUCUACAUGGGAUGAACUCUCUCCAAAGUGGCCUAAAGCCUACUGGGAUGAUUGGUUGAGGUUGAAAGAGAAUCACAAAGGCCGGCAAUUCAUUCGUCCUGAAGUUUGCAGAACAUAUAAUUUUGGUGAGCAUGGUUCUAGUUUCGGUCAGUUCUUCAAACAAUACCUAGAGCCAAUUAAGCUGAAUCAUGUCCAGGUUGAUUGGAAAUCCAUGGAUCUGAGCUACCUGAUGGAGGAUAAGUAUGUUAAGCACUUUGCUGACAUGGUUAAAAAUGCAAGACCUGUCUAUGGCGCUGAUGUUGUAUUCAAGACACAUAAUAUAGAUGGUGAUGUUCGCAUCGUAUACAAAGACCAGGAAGAUUUCGAACGCAUUGCACGUCAAUUUGGCAUUUUUGAAGAAUGGAAGGAUGGCGUGCCAAGGACAGCAUACAAAGGAGUAGUUGUAUUUAGACACCAAACCUCAAGACGUGUGUUUCUCGUCGGACCAGAUUCUCUUCGACAGCUUGGAAUUGAUCAUCAUGCUCUGUAGCAAUUGACAGUUGUGGUUAGUGAUUGCAUCCAUCCACUGAGAUUUGUAACCCAACCUUAUCUCUUAUGAACCAUUUAAUAGCCAGCCUGCAUGUUUUAUUUUAUUUUUUUCCCUUUUUUUUUUUUGGGUUUACUGAGAGGUUAAAUGUGCGAAUACAUUUGAGCUGAUAAUUAUGUCUAUUUUAGCCUUAUCGUCAGAUUUUGUCAAGGGAAGACGAUUCUUUAUGAGAUAAAAGAGUAGAGUUCUUCCGGAGAAUUGACUUUGGGACAGCUAAGUGUAUGACAAUUGUGAUCAAAUUCAAUUUCCAUAGAUAUCAGGUUUAGUAAAGUUAUUGGUUAUUAGCAGUGUUUUCUUUUCUUU